UGCCACCUAUGCAACUCAAAUGUUUUUGUUCUCUUCUGGAGUUCUUUCUCUUUUCUUCUUUUCCUACUCUUCUUGCUCAUGUUCGCAUCAAAACUCUGUUGUGAUAUAAUGUGUGCAUGGGGCAUGCUAGAUACUCUAUAGCCUUUGUUGUGGAGUUAAUGAUGGGAACAUAGAUUUCAAAGAUAACAUUGAUGUUGUUUUAGCAAAUAGAAUCUGAAAGGCAAUUGCUUUCACUCUAAGGUUUCACAGUUUAAAGCUGUUUCAGAGGAAAUUUCCUUUGAACUUCUUCUGAAAGUGAGAUAGUGAUUUCUUGAGAAGAUAAGAUGGCUGACAAAGACAGCGUUUAUGCAGAAGAAACUGCGAGGAGGGCUCCAAUUUUCAGCUUCUUUAAAGAUGCUAAACUAGUUUUCAAAUUUGACAGCCUUGGUUGUGAAAUAUUAUCAAUUGCAUUGCCUUCAGCAAUGGCUUUGAUAGCUGACCCUAUUGCUUCACUGGUUGACACAGCAUUUAUUGGUCAAAUAGGUCCAGUGGAGCUUGCAGCUGUAGGGGUGGCCAUAGCACUCUUCAAUCAAAUAUCAAGAAUUGCAAUAUUCCCACUUGUCAGUGUCACUACCUCUUUUGUGGCAGAGGAAGAUACCCUUUCUGGAACCAGUCCUCAAGUAGAGAAGAAUGAAAGGUCGGAGGCAGGUCCGAUUGUAGAUGCUGAAAUGAAAGAACUAGUACCACUUAACAAAGAUUUGACUGCUACUGACUGUAAUAUAGUUAAGUUUGAACAUAAGAGAAGGCGUAUCCCUUCUGCUUCGUCAGCAUUACUAAUCGGUGGCAUUCUUGGAAUCAUCCAAACAAUGUUCCUCAUAGUUGCUGCAAAACCUUUAUUGAACUUCAUGGGAAUAACCUCAGACUCUCUUAUGCUAAACCAUGCACAUAAAUACCUGACAUUGAGGUCCCUCGGUGCUCCUGCAGUUCUUCUCUCGUUAGCAAUGCAGGGAAUCUUCCGAGGAUUUAAAGACACUAAAACACCUUUAUAUGCCACAUUGGCAGGAGAUAUAACCAAUGUAGCACUUGAUCCUUUAUUGAUAUAUGUUUUCCGCUUGGGGGUCAGUGGUGCAGCUAUUGCUCAUGUUAUAUCUCAGUACCUAAUUUCACUUAUACUCCUGUGGAGCUUGAUAGAAAAAGUUGAUCUUAUACCACCAAGCAUCAAGCAUUUACAAUUUCAUCGAUUUCUUAAAAAUGGCUUUCUACUAUUCGUAAGAGUAAUUGCUGUAACAUUCUGUGUGACACUGGCAGCAUCAUUAGCUGCACGCAAGGGACCAACAUCCAUGGCUGCAUUUCAAGUCUGCUUGCAGAUUUGGUUAGCAGUGUCCCUUCUUGCUGAUGGUCUCGCUGUUGCUGGACAGGCAAUUCUUGCAGGUGCAUUUGCAAACAAGGACUAUGAGAAGGUCCAAGCAACUGCAUAUCGAGUAUUACAGCUGGGUUUGCUUCUGGGGUUGGCUCUUGCAUUCAUUCUCGGAACAGGACUGCAUUUUGGAGCUAAACUAUUUACCAAAGAUGUUAAUGUCAUUCACCUCAUCAAAAUUGGGAUCCCGUUUGUAGCAGCCACUCAACCCCUCAACGCUUUGGCCUUUGUAAUUGAUGGAAUCAACUUCGGGGCAUCUGAUUUUGCAUAUUCAGCCAUUUCUUUGGUUGUGGUGGCAAUUUUCAGCAUAAUUUGUCUACAUUUUUUAUCAUCUGCUGGCGGUUUCAUAGGAAUUUGGAUUGCUUUGACCAUCUAUAUGGCUCUUAGAGCAAUUGUGGGCCUUCUGAGGAUUGGAACUGGAUCAGGACCCUGGAAGAUGAUUAGGAGCUAACAACGACAGCAUCAACCCAUAGAUUUGAUAAUUUCAGUGUGCAUGGUGGAUUAGUUGAAAUGCAAUGUUUGAACUUUAGAAUACUUUCAGAAUAUAAAGAAAUAUACCAAAUAAGAGAAACGUAAAAGCAAUUAGUUUCAUUU